CAGAAUCAGCUGCUCACAAAAGGCAUGGUUAUCCUAAGGGACAAGAUCCGGUUUUAUGAAGGGCAGAAACUACUGGAUACCUUAGCUGAAACCUGGGACUUUUUCUUCAGUGAUGUCCUGCCCAUGCUUCAGGCUAUUUUCUAUCCUGUGCAGGGAAAGGAGCCCUCGGUUCGGCAGCUGGCUCUUCUGCACUUUAGGAAUAUAAUUACCCUGAACAUUAAAUUGGAAGAUGCAUUAUCACGUUCCAGAGCCAGAGUUCCACCUUCUAUUAUUCAGAUGCUGUUGAUACUCCAGGGGGUUCACGAGUCAAAGGGUGUGACUGAAGAUUAUUUGAAACUGGAAUCCCUGAUCCAGAAAGUGGUUUCUCCUUACUUGGGCACAUACGGGCUGUAUUCCAGCGACGGACCCUUCACGCACUCUUCCUGUAUCUUGGAGAAGCGGUUCUUCAGGCGUUCAAAAUCGGGGGACAUACUUGCCAAGAACCCCGUGGUGCGAUCGAAAAGCUACAACAAUCCCCUGCUCACGCCAGUGGCCGAGUAUGAAACAGAGGGCAUGGCUGCCAACGGAACAGGCAUCCGAAGGCACUCCGUUUCAGAAAUGACCUCCUGCCUGGAGCUCCAGGGCUACUCCAACCUCACCACUAUCAUGGACAACGGCUCCAAGAGCUCCAUGACGGCCACGAAAAGCUCGCUGUCGGGAGACCAGGAGAGGCCCAGCAGCGGGUCGGUGCAGUGCUCUAGCAAACUCAGCACAGUUGAGCAGCAGAAAGGACUCUUCCACGCGAUGGACGACCCACAUAGGUCUUUUGAGCUGGACAGGGACCCUUCCUUGAUUCCAGUUCCCUCUUCCAGCCCUGAGAACAUAGUGGAUCAGAUUUUGGAGUCGAUCGACUCUGAUUCUGAAGGCAUUUUUAUUGAUUUUGGCCGGGGCUGUUCCAAUUCAUCAGCAUACAAUGUGGACGUGAACAGACAGAGCAUCAUGUGAAGGACAUUGGGAGACAAACCUUGGGUUUUAAUAUUAUAUAUGAAAGUUACAAAUGCAUUGAGUCGGACUCUGGGCAAGCAAUAUAUGUCCAGGGCAGAACCUCUGUUGUAGGUCAUCACAGCUGUACUGAGGUACACAGACACAAGUUUACAGCAGGUGGGAAUCUGCUGCCAGGGGGAAGAAACUCCGACCGCUUCUCCCUGUCCCCAUCACUCUGCAGCAGGAUUUCCUGUUGUCUUUAUAAACUUAGGGGUUCACAAGCUGCCAAGUGUCUGGUAAAAUGCUAUUAGUGCAGCUGGCAGUGUUGGUUCAGUGAAACAGCCUAGCAAAUAGCUGUGUUCACUUUUAAUUUUCU